CACCUGUGUCUCUCGUCUCUUCGGAGGGAUACCACUUUGCGAGAUUUCUCCGCCUCUUUCUCUCGUCUCUUCGCAGUGCCAUCUCGAGAACCGCUCCCCAAUCGCGCCUGAUCGCUUAGGGUUUUUCCCAAAACCCCCUCGUUUCGAUAUGCCCAAGCCCUCGACCCGAGCGGCGGAGCACGAUCGGAUGACGGACAGCGCCGCCCCGACCAGCCCGGCCCCGGCCCCGGGCGUGGGGCCGAUCGGGCACAGCGUGAUCCCGAUCGUGAACAAGCUUCAGGACAUCUUCGCCCAACUUGGGAGCUCCUCCACCAUGGACCUCCCCCAGGUGGCUGUUGUCGGAAGCCAGAGCAGCGGCAAGUCCAGCGUCCUCGAGGCCCUUGUCGGCCGCGACUUCCUUCCCCGGGGCACCGACAUCUGCACCCGGAGACCGCUGGUGCUGCAGUUAAUUCACCUGCCGCGGCGGUCGGAGGACGGCGGUGCGGAGUGGGGGGAGUUCCGCCACCUGGAAGGCCAGAGGUUCUAUGACUUCUCGGAGAUCCGCCGCGAGAUCCAGGCUGAAACAGAUAGAGAAGCAGGAAAAAACAAGGGUGUUUCAUAUAAUCAAAUUUGUUUGAAGAUUUUUUCUCCUAAUGUUCUGAACAUCACUCUUGUUGACUUGCCUGGAAUAACUAAAGUGCCAGUUGGUGACCAGCCAAGAGAUAUUGAAGCCAGUAUUAGAACGAUGAUUUUGUCAUACAUAAAGCAUAAGAGUUGCAUUAUUUUAGCAGUUUCACCAGCGAAUGCAGAUUUGGCAAAUUCUGAUGCACUUCAAAUGGCUAGAAUUGCUGAUCCAGAUGGUUCUCGAACAAUUGGUGUUAUUACUAAGUUGGAUAUAAUGGAUAGAGGUACUGAUGCACGUAACUUUCUACUGGGGAAGGUGAUUCCAUUGAAACUUGGAUAUGUGGGAGUAGUCAACCGUAGUCAAGAGGACAUUGACAACAACCGUAGUAUCAUAGAUGCAUUGGCUUCUGAAGAGCGUUUCUUCCGCAAUCAGCCCGCAUAUCAGGAUCUUUCUCAUUGUUGUGGGGUCCCUCAGUUAGCUAAGAAAUUGAAUCAGAUUUUAGUACAACAUAUCAUGAAUGUCCUUCCAGGGCUGAAGUCUUGUAUAAAUGCUCAACUGGUGGCUGUGGCUAAGGAGUAUGCUGCCUAUGGUGACGUAGUAGAAUCAAAGGAUGGAAAGGGAGUUUUACUACUGAACAUUCUUGCCAAGUAUUGUGAAGCUUUUUCUUCCAUGGUGGAAGGCAAAAAUGAACUAUCAACGGCUGAGCUUUGUGGCGGAGCACGAAUUCAUUACAUCUUCCAAUCAAUCUUUGUUAAUAGUUUGGAGGAAAUUGAUCCUUGUGAGGAUAUAACCGAUGAGGAUAUCCGCUUGGCUAUUCAAAAUGCUACCGGUCCAAAAAGUGCUUUAUUUGUACCAGAGGUGCCCUUCGAAGUUUUGGUGCGAAGGCAGAUAAGUCGUUUGCUAGAUCCAAGCCUGCAGUGUGCAAAAUUCAUUUAUGAUGAGUUAAUAAAGAUGAGUCACCAUUGCCUAGCUAGUGAACUACAGCGUUAUCCUGUCCUCCGGAGGAAAAUGGAUGAGGUGACUAGUGAUUUCUUGAGGGAUGGCCUUCAUCCUGCUGAGACAAUGAUAACUCAUAUUAUUGAGAUGGAGAUGGAUUAUAUAAACACUUCGCACCCAAAUUUUAUCGGCGGAAGUAAGGCUGUAGAAGUUGCCCAGCAGCAAGUAAAAUCUUCCAGGCCAGCAGUAUCAGUGUCUAAACCUAAGGAUGGAAUCGAUCCUGAUAAACUACAAGCAUCUGAAAAGAGUUUAAAGUCACGAGGCAUCUUCUCCAGAUCUGUUGCAAAUGGAGUUAUUUCUGAUCACCUUCAGGGUGUUCGUCCUGCUGUGGACUCCGAGAAACCAGGUUCAACUGGUGCCACUGGAUCAAGUUGGGGUAUCUCAUCAAUUUUUGGUGCUAGCGAGGACCGUCCGUCUGCAAAACAAAAUUCAAUGAAUAAGUCCUAUAAUGCACCUGUUCAAACAUUAGAGCAUUCAUUCUCAAUGAUCCAAUUGAGAGAGCCACCAAUCGUCUUGAAACCCUCAGAGAAUCAGACAGAACGAGAGGCUUUGGAGAUAGCAAUAACAAAGUUAUUACUGAAAUCAUAUUAUGACAUUGUGAGGAAAAAUAUUGAGGACUCUGUUCCGAAGGCUAUUAUGCACUUUCUGGUUAAUCACACAAAGCGAGAGCUGCAUAAUGUAUUUAUCAUGCAACUUUACAGCGACGGCAAAUUUGAUGAGAUGCUGAAGGAACCUGAUGACAUUACUGCCAAAAGGAAGCGUCUGUCUGAAACACUCAGGGUUUUGCAACAGGCCCACAAGACACUGGACAAUAUACCACUUGAAGCUGAAAAUGUUGAGAAGGGAUAUAGUCUGGAAUCCAACCGGGCCUCCAAAAAUUAAUGAACUUCCUCCUUUCUAUGCAACCGCCAAUGACUUAGGCUCAUCAUAUGCACUUCUCCCAGGAAUACUAGAUCUAGGAGGUCGGCUCAUUCAGGGGAGCAACCUUCACCAUUAUAUUGUCAACUCUGUGGCCAAUGGAUUGGGAUCCUAUCCUUCUUCAGUCAAUGGAUGAAGUUUCCCGGAUAGCAUAGUUAUUUUGUGACAGAUUAGAGUAUAAUGCCUAUAGUCGGAUUGUUCCUGGAUCCUAAAUUUUAUUCUCUAGUGCCAGCCUAGUGGCAUCAAGAGUAGCGCAAGUCUGGUUAUUAUUUUUUUUCGUGUAUAGCAUACUUGCGAUUCUUUUUUCAUAAUAAUAUCUUUGUAAAAAUCAGUCCAUUGAAAACAAUAUGGCUGCUGGUGGUCGACCAGUGCCAGGUUGUGUUUGCUGCCAACAUUUAAUUCAUUUCAGUCACGAUUCUUUUUUCAUAAU